GCCGCCAUGUUGGUCGGCCUUGGCCGAUGGUGUAGAGUUCCGCCGCCGCGCGGUGUGUGCCGGCUGCUGAGGGCCCGGCUCCGAUGGCGGCGGCAGCAGCAACAACAACACUACAGCGGCUCCAAAGAGCCUUCGCUGGGCGGGAGAGGAGGAGAAGCAACCGGGAGAGGGGAGAGUCGACGGCGGGAGAAGGAUGCAUAUGAUCUGUCUAAAUUCCCUGUAGAAAAUAUUAGAAAUUUCAGCAUCAUAGCACAUGUAGACCAUGGGAAAAGCACACUAGCAGAUAGACUACUGGAAAUAACAGGGGCAAUUGUCAAAACUGAUCGCAACAGGCAAGUACUAGACAAAUUGCAAGUGGAACGUGAACGAGGUAUCACUGUGAAAGCACAGACAGCAAGUCUCUUUUAUCACCAUGAAGGAAAGACCUAUCUCUUAAACCUUAUUGAUACACCAGGUCAUGUGGAUUUCAGCUAUGAAGUUUCUCGAUCAUUGUCUGCUUGUCAGGGUGUACUGUUGAUAGUGGAUGCCAAUGAGGGUAUUCAAGCACAAACUGUGGCAAACUUCUUUCUUGCUUUUGAAUCACAGCUAAUGAUAAUCCCAGUAAUAAACAAGAUUGAUCUCAAGCAUGCUGAACCUGACAGAGUUGCAAAACAGGUUGAAAAGGUCUUUGAUAUUCCUAAAGAUGAAUGCAUUCAGAUUUCAGCCAAGCUGGGGACAAAUGUAGAUCAAGUUUUAGAAAAAGUUGUUGAAAAAAUUCCUCCGCCACGUGCAAAACUUUCAGAUCCAUUGCGAGCUUUGGUGUUUGAUUCCACUUAUGACCACUACAGAGGAGUUAUAGCCAGCAUUGCACUGUUUGAUGGAUGGGUGCAAAAGGGGGACAAAAUAAUGUCAUCGUACACAAAGAAGGUGUAUGAAGUAAAUGAAGUUGGAAUCCUGAGGCCUGAUCAAUAUCCAGUUGAAAAAUUGUGUGCUGGACAAGUGGGCUAUUUGAUUUGUGGAAUGAAGGAGGUGAAGGAGGCACAGAUUGGAGACACCUUUCAUUUACAGAAACAACCUGUGGAGCCACUAGCAGGGUUCAAACCUGCUAAACCAAUGGUCUUUGCCGGAAUGUACCCCAUUGACCAAUCUGAGUAUACCAACUUGAGAAAAGCUGUGGAGAAGCUAACACUAAACGAUUCUAGUGUGACAGUUCACCGGGAUAGCAGCCCAGCCCUUGGAGCUGGCUGGAGGUUGGGUUUUCUUGGACUUCUGCACAUGGAGGUAUUCAACCAACGCUUGGAACAAGAGUAUAAUGCAUCAGUUAUUCUUACUGCUCCUACCGUUCCAUACAAGGCAGUUCUGUCAUCAAGCAAAUUAAUCAAGGAGUACGGAGAAGAAGAAAUUACGAUUUUAAAUCCAUGCCAUUUUCCUGAUAGAUUGCACGUUAAAGAAUAUUUGGAACCAAUAGUUACUGGCACUAUCCUCACUCCUGAUGAUUACAUUGGAAAAAUAAUAUCACUGUGUCAGAGUCGGAGAGCAAUUCAGAAGAAUAUGGUUUAUAUUGAUGAUCACAGACUUAUGAUGCAGUACCUUUUUCCCCUGAAUGAAAUUGUGGUGGAUUUCUACGACAGCCUAAAAUCUCUCUCUUCAGGAUAUGCCAGUUUUGACUAUGAAGAUGCAGGAUACCAAGUGGCUGAUCUGAUUAAAAUGGACAUUUAUCUAAAUGGAAAGUGCGUGGAGGAACUUGCAACAAUUGUGCACAGGGAAAAGGCUUAUUCUACUGGUAAAGCAAUAGCAGAACGUUUAAAAGACACAAUACCUCAGCAACUUUUUGAAAUAGCUAUCCAGGCAGCAAUAGGCAGCAAGGUCAUAGCAAGAGAAACUAUUAAAGCAGUGAGGAAGAAUGUAUUAGCAAAAUGUUAUGGUGGGGACAUAACCCGUAAAAUGAAACUUCUGAAGAGGCAAGCUGAAGGAAAGAGAAGGAUGAGAAAAAUUGGCAAUGUGGAGAUACCAAAAGAUGCUUUUAUAAAUGUACUAAAGAGACAACAGGACAAAUAGAGUAACAUGUAAAUAAAGAGCCCAUUCCUUUCUGUUUAAACCUGGAUAUUUAUAUCACUGUUAUUUGAGAUAUGUCAUUGAUGUAGACAGGUAAACCCAUCCAUCAUUGCACUUAAGAAAUAGAAAUUUAGAAUAUUUUGAAAUGAUAAGCUGUAUAUAAAUGCAAGUAUAUCACCAUGUGGUAUUCUUAGAACAAUGCAGUCAGCCUCAAUAAUCACUAAGAACUCCAACUGGAAGUGAAGUCUUCAUGUAUUAUCCCUUUACUUACAGUUAAAACUUUAGUUUGGUUCAUUGCUGAAAACUGCCCAUGUUAAUAGCUCUUGAGUUCUGUGAAAUAUUUUCAUCAUUCUCCACAAGAGUGGAUCAAUACAAUGAAGUUAUGUUGAACGGCUUAUUGUUAAUUACCUGAUGUUUAUUUUUGCAAAAGUUUUUUUUGUCAAAUGAAUCAA